CCUCUAGCGGAUUGUCAUGAAAGCUGGCUGAUAUAAAUUUGUUUAUUGUUCAAAAUGGCCGCGGGAAAAACGAACUUCCCAGAUAAGAACUCGGGUGAUAAAUUGGACGUGAACACCUCAUUUAAUCAACGUAAUCAUGAAAAAGAGAAAACAGCUUGUGAAAAUGAUAAGAAUAGAAGAAUAUAUUCGAGUUUUACUCUGUUUGAUGCCGCUUUUGUAUUAUUUUCUAUGGGAACUUUUCUCGUUGACAUGGCCACAGAUUUGUGGGUUGGGUUUCAUUAUUUCAGCAGCAAUGAACCUAUCUGGGGAUCCUUGACGCUAGCUUUUGUAGUUGUACCGUGUAUAGUAAUGCAGGUGUUCAGUAUACGGUGGCACAUAGUAGAUGACAAUAUGAAAGGCUGUUUCUACUGGACUAUACACUUUCUACUUAUGGGCCCAAUUCACAGAUAUGUCAUGGUGCUCAAGGCAGGUUGGAGGGCAAGGAUGACCCAUGAACCUGAAGACUUUGACAUAUAUUAUCACAGACAGAAUGAUGUAUGCAUGUUACGGCUGUUUGAGUCUUUUAUUGAGUCUGCACCCCAACUUUUACUCCAGUUAUACAUCAUGGUAUAUACUGAUCAUACAAAUUGGCUAACAGGUUGUUCUGCCUCAAUAUCUCUUAUAUCAUUGGCGUGGGCCAUAGCAGCCUAUACUAAAGCCAUGCGCCAGGCUCACCAGGAUAAUUACAGAGUCUUCUGGCCAGGCAUGAUCUUACAGACUAUAUGGAGAAUUGGCAUGGUGUCAGCCAGAGUCAUUGCUCUGGUCAUGUUUGCUUCUGUCUAUCAGGCUUGGUUGAUCCUGGUGUUAGGUGUCCACUGGCUGACGAUGACAAUCUGGAUCAUUCUCCAAAAAACAGACUUUUGCCAAAGUUGGUGGGAAGAGAAAUUGUUCAACUGUAUCUGUGGCAUGAUAUACUGCUUCUGCUUCUUUAACCUCAAGGAAGGUCAGAGCAGGUGGAGAAUGCUGGGUUUUUACACUGUCAUGCUACUGGAAAACUGUGCUUUACUGGCAGCUUGGUACUUGUUCAGAAUCAGAGAAAGGUGGUAUGAUCAGUUUCUACUUGGUGCGGUACCUGUGGCCUUCACUGUAGGUCUAAUGUGUAUGCUAAUGUACUACAGAUUGUGUCAUCCCUCUGGGCCUAUAGACCCAUGUGCUGCUGAUACUUCUGCAGAUAUAGAAUCUACAGACUGUGAUGAUUAUAACAAGCCAUCUGGAGACCCAGCAUCUGGUAUCAUUAGAAGGAUGACACUGAAAACCACUAGACCUACAUGUGCCAAGAUAGAGAAAAGACAGUCAGCAAAUAGUUCUUUUAGUGACUACUCACCACUUAAGGAUUCUUUAGAAAAUGACCAAAUAGGCAUUGGGCAAAGUAAUCAUUCUGAAAACUGCAGUGAGAGAGACAAUGGGUCGGACAAAGACAGAGAUGCUUCAGAAAAACACUUUAUUAGAGGAACCAAACUUGGUUUUGGACUCCAUGGUUGCUUUAGACCCCAAGAUACUGUAUUAAGUCUAGUAACAGAUGAAAGCUUUCAGGGAAAUGGUUCGAAUUGCAGUCUGAAAGAAGACAAUAAAAAUCGCUUAUCACAAAAUUGUAUGGCUGGUUUACUGCAGGAAAAGAGUUGUGGUCAACCUCCAGAUAUUGGUUCUGGUCCCUGUAUUGACCUGGAUGGGCAUGAAGGCAUGAAAAUGACAGAAGACAAGUCGCCUGAGGUUCAGAUGUUUAGUAAUCAGGUAAAUAAAAUUGAAUCACAGUUGAAAGUUAGUUCGGAAAGUGAUGGUUGUAUCACAUUGAGAAAAGUGGAAAUAUCAAAUCCUGAGAGUAAAUUUGCCCAUGAUAAAAACACAAGUACACUUCCACACCAAAUGGCUGAAAAGUGCACAGUAGUAAAUUUGAGCAAUAAUAUUUGUAAUGAGAGGCAGGUUACUGAAUCUCUCCCACCUAAUGAGGGUCGUGAGGUAGGGGUGAAGACUGAUGUAGGAGAAAAGUUAAUGUUCCAAAUGCCUGAGCCAUUGCCUCCCUUCAGUGGGCCUGGACCAGUCCCCAGUUCAAAAUAUCAAACCUUUUCAGAUAAGCUUCAGUGUCAAGGAAAACCCAAAGAGCUUGGAUAUGACAGUUUUUACUCAAAGAGUCUUGAUACAGAAAAUUUUCCACAGGUAGCACAAUUAAAUGAGGUCGAAUCUUGCCCAAAAUUGGAAAUAGCUUUGACAGAAUCUAGCAAGCAAGCCCUUCCUAUUGAAUUGGAAUUGUGUGUGACCUCUGAAAACAUGCUUCCCAAUGGGUCUGAAAUACAUUCCAAAACAGAGAGUAACGCCCCUGUGGGUGAAAAGGCUACCAAUGUUAGAUUAAUGUCUGGUAAGCGGAAAUCGUCUCUCUAUAGCAUAGUGUGCACACCUCCAACUUCUUCAGGGUUGUGCAAGAAUGCAUCAGGGAAACCAACAGAAGUUGUUCCUAAACUGAUAAUUAAAGAAGGAGCAUCUUGCAAUACUGUUGAACCUCAUGCAAAAAGUUUUCCAUCUCGGGUUCCAAGAAAUUUUCACUGCUCCUCUGAAAAUCUUUCAUGUGAUGACAGAAAAUUAAGCAGAGCCAACAAUAUGGCAUCCUUGACAAAAAGAUUUUAUUCUAAUGAAAGACUAGAUGCCCCAGGGCAUGAAAAUCAGUUACAGAAUGUAGUUGGAAGUAGGUGCAACUCCCCUGCAGCUUCACAAUUACAAAAGUCAAGGCAAUCAAGUGCUGUGCAAUCACUACUCUUUAAGAAUCUAGAGAUCGGUGCAGGCAAAAAGGUCAGUGGAGAAAAUGAUACUCAGCUAAAAUUGAGUUCCAAUAAUGACAUUGUUGGUGAGAAGAUAAAUGACUCUCUCAGUGUAGGUGAAGGUAAAGAAAAUGUCAAACCCUCAUCAAGUGCACUGGUGGCAGGAGGUAUGAUAAAAAAAGGUGUGGCAUUUGCUGGGGAGGAGAUCUCCAGGAGGAGGAGAACACCUUUAAAAGAUGACACUAAGUUUAGAAAAACCAGACAAGCACACCAGUCUCUUGUGGCCAUAAAACCUGAAACAGUUGCAAAGGCACUGUCUAUGUUUGGGGACAAGUAGGAGAGAAAAAAUGAUUCAUUAGUGGUAGGGCUUGGUGGAAUGCUCGAAAGAAGUUCAUUUUGUACUGUGUCUUUAAAUGUAAUUUUUUUUAAGUUUUGCAACUUGUCAAACAUUGAAGGGGCUCCUUGUAAAUUUUCUUUUUUGUAUUUCAAACAUUCCUGCCUCCUUCCUGACAAAGUUUGGAAUCUUUAAAUGCAAUUGUUGACAGAUAAACCAUACAUUGCAGAGUAAGUCAAUUGUACAUCCUUAGCCUAUAUCCAAUUCUUAGGAAAAGAUCAGUAUGUCUUACUUUCAGAUAUCAUUUAAUUUUAUCUUGACUGCCAUAGGCCGCAUUCAGAACAGAUGAUCCAUGGAUCAGUUAAUAUAGCCUGCCACACUUAAAAGCAACACAGCCUAAUCCCCUAAUGGUCUCCCCACCUCCUCCUCAUGGUUUUAAUCUAGGCUUCAAGGUUCAAUUGCUAGACCCCUACCUGGAGUUGGGGAGACCAUCAGGGAAUUAGGGAGCCUUGCUUUUUCAAGUGAGUCCACCAUAUUUGACCUGCGGAUCAGUUAUUUCGAGAAUCAAACUGUUCUGAAUGAUGCCAUAGUGCACUUUUCCUAGUGAAAGAAGGCAGAAUCACAUUAAUUUCCUGAUCAAACAAAUUUGUCUUCAGCUAUGAUAUCUUUGUGAAAAAAAUCUACUAUUAGUUCUUACUUACCACAUUAAAAUAGUACUGUAUACUUCUAAUGACAAAUUAUAUUACAAAAAUGUUAUUGCCAGAUUCACAAGAAGAGAUCAGUCAUAUUCAACAUCCAUGUAUUCCAUGGAUUUACAUUUAAUGAAAUAAUCCUCCCAUUAAUAAGUCUUCUUUAAUAAUUCUAAAAUGUAAAUGGUAUUCCUUGUGCAAAACUGGGUAAAUUUUUAUCAUGCAAGACAAUAUUUCCCUGUUUUUAUGGAGAAGUAUCAUUUUAUUCCUACUGAAACUGUAUACAGUUUUCAAAUAUUUUUGUACAUUGUGUUGUGAGUUUUAUUAUUAUUAUUGCACUCCAUGAACUGUGUGCCAUGAGAACUCUCCUGCUCAAAAUUAUAUAAAUCAUGUGUCAUUUUACGCUUGGGUAUCAUGCAAAAGCUAAAAUUGUAAAGAAUACAUAUUCAUGUACCAAAUACCUAUUCUCUGUAAUUGAAAAUUAAUUGAUGUUAGUCAUAUAAUGUUUUAAUUUGAUUUAGAGCUUAUUUCAUUUAUAUAAAGUUAAUUGCCAUGAACAAAACAGUCUUGUUAAUUGAUACCUGUCAAUUGAAUUUUUUUUGUAAUUUGCUUCUGUUACUCUUAACAACAAAUUUCAGAAUUGUUCUGAAGUAUUUUCUACAAAUUUUUGUCUUUAAUAUUAUUUGCCUUUAUCAUACUAGCACUUUAGUAAAUAACAACUUUUUUGCACAUAUUAGGUAAGAUAAUCAAUAAGCUGUAGAUGAACUGUAAGGAAAAGGUGCUUUGUUAUUAUUAUUUUGUAAACCAUUUUUCUAUAUAUACAUAUAUAUAUAUUUACCAUGUGUGUGGAUGUGUGUGUGGAUUUUUAUUAACAAUACAACAAUAAAUAUAUCAUUUAUAAAACC